AUGUCUGCGUAUGCGCUUCUCCUAUUGGAGGAUUCCUACUUGCCGGGCAUUCUGGCCGUGUCGUCAGCGUUAACCGCCACUUCCACCAAAUUCCCCCUCGUUUUACUCUAUUCGGACAAAAACAUUGACCAAAACAUUGUCAAGUUGCUCAUUGCCUCCGGCCUAUUUGCCCAGCUCAUCAACAUUGACAACGGCCUUUUACCUUCUAACUCCCCGCACACCUUGGAUAACGUCCUCAAGAGACCAGAGUUGUCCUUGACAAUCUCAAAGAUAAACCUCUGGAAGCUGACACAGUUUUCCAAACUAGUUUAUCUAGACGCCGAUACUCUCCCGCUGCAAAACCUGGACCAUCUUUUCGACUUGGAGUUCAGUUCUAACCAAAUUGUGGCCGCCUCAGACAUCGGCUGGCCGGACCUUUUCAACACGGGUGUUUUCGUUCUACAACCAAACCUCGCUGUUUACAAGGACUUAUUGCAAUUAUACGAGUCCACAGAAUCCUUUGAUGGAGCAGACCAAGGACUGCUUAACGAACAUUUCAACCCAGACCUAUACCAUGGAGGAGUUUCCAAUUGGAUAAGGCUACCAUUCAUCUACAACUGUACUCUUAACUCUCAUUACGAAUACUUCCCUGCCUUGCAAAGAUACUCGCACGACGUCAAGUUGUUUCAUUUCAUCGGUAGCAAGAAACCGUGGCACCCGCAUGCCAAGGGUCUAAAAGACGACCCCACUUUGUUCAAAGUCUCGGGAAAUCAGAACGUUUACCAGCUGUGGUCCCAGGCCUACGAAAAAGUGACCAUUGACGGCAAAUCUCACAUUGACAUUCUCCGGCUCAGUAGAAAUCUCCAGCCAGAGCCAAAUUGGGAGUCUGUGGCCGCGGUGCAGACUCCUGUUCACCCUCAGUUUUACUACAAGAAACCAGAAUCUGUGCCCGACUCGUACUCCCCUUCGCACGGAGAGGCCUGGAAGCUCAAGGACUCCAAGAUAUCCAACAAAUGGGACAAGACUGGUGGAUCAGACGAUGAUCUUGAUGCUGAGAAGCUUGUGAAAUCGCUGUCGCAGCUGGACGUGGCCAGUCCCGAAGACACUUACGCAACCUCGCAUCCGGUUUUCCCAUGGGAGAAGUCCAGCCACAAGGUACAGACCACACGUUCGUUCCAACCGCAGUCUUUUUUCCCGAAACCAUCCAAUCCGUUCACGGCCUCGUUCGACAACGGCUCUGAUCUCGAGAGCUACAUAGCCAAGGAGGAACAGUCAAGCAGACCAGAAACGCUGGAGGAGAUCAAACAAGACGAGAAGCUGGACGCGCUGGAAUCGGAACAGCUGGACGCGCUGGAAUAG